CAAGCCGGCUGCAAUGUUCAAUAUAAAGUUUAUCAUCCUGGUUGCCCUGACCAUCUCCAUGGUCCAGAGCUGUUCCGUUGACAAGCCCAGAAAGGUCCAGUGCGGAUGUUGCAAGCCCCAGUGCGUCUCUGGCGGAUCCAGGUCCUGCGGAUGUGGAUGCAAUCCCUGCCGAUGCGGAUCCUCUUGUGGGCGUGGCUGCAAGGGUUAGUCCCGGACUUCAGGACCCCUUGCUCCAAUUCUCCACGGGACUUUGCCCUUUAGAAAACCAUUGUUUUUCAAAUUGUUUGUUUUUCCUAUUCAUUAAAGUACUG